UAUGGUUCACAUUAAUUCAACCUUUUGUAAGACCACAGUGUGCGUAGAUGGGAAGAUGGAGAGCUUCCCUCGCCAUAGCCACCAUAGCUAAAAUCCUCAACCAAAAGAGUAACCCUAACAUAUUACCAUUUUUUCCUAAAUCCAGAAUUCAGCUUUCCAAUUUUAGACCAUUUUCUGGCGCCUCUUCCUCCGCCGUGCAGUAUGUCGACGUUCACCAUGAACAACCCCAUCAACAAGACUCCGACGAUUAUCGUUCCUCGUACUUGGACGAAGACGAAGACGAAAACAUUGGGAAAAUCCCAAUCAAAGCAUAUUUUCUUUCCACAAGGUUCAAUUCAUCAUUUUGUGUUUCCGUGAUUAUGGUUUUGAUAUCCCUCAACUUAAGUAUACGAAUUAUGUGAGGAGGCCUUGUUGGUUGUCUUUUGACGUUCUCGUGUGUGCUAUACUUUUGUUUGUUAUCUGUCCGUGGGACUUUAAAGUUUUAAUGGGCUUAAAGCUAUUUCAUGCCACCGUGAUUUGUGCGUUUGGCGAUACUUGAUGAUCUUGGUAAACUUAAAAUUGGUGUGGUUUAGAAUGCAGUUGUUCCACAACUGAGUUUAAAAGUGCAAGGUUUCUGUUCUAAUAGCCUUAAGGGGCUGAAACUAGCAUUGGUUGUAUAUUAUAAAGUUUGCUUCUUCUUCUUUUUUUUGUUUUUGUUUUCUUUAAUACUCAAAAGGAGUUUUGCUCAUGUCACUUGUUUUCUGCUACAAUGGAGGAUGAUUGAUUCGGUUAGUAUUUAGUUGAUAAUGCUAGGCAGUUGGAUGUACUCUGUUUAUUCUCAUAUUCAACCCAAUUUGCCUGCGGAGUGGCCUAUGGAUUUCUGGAUUUGAUUUGUUGCAAAGAACUUCUCCUUUAUUAUUGAACUCCAGAUACUUCCUUUGCCCCCAACAUGAUUGUUGCGUUUGUUGUAAUGAAAGUAGUACAAAAACUAGACAAUCACUUCAGGACAGAGAAAUUAUGUUACCGAUGCCCUCAGAAGCUUCUUUUAUCAGUGUGUUUCAUUCCCUUUCUUCGCGAAGCUAAUUAUGCAAGAGUAUCCAAAAAUUUUCGAAGUGGAUCCUCUCUGCUGUAUUUGUAGGUUGAAUUAUGUUAUCCCAUUCAUAUUUAACUAGGUGAUUUAUGUGAAUUCUUUGUGUUAUAAAGGGUUGAAUCAUCUGAGCGUACUUGCUUCUGGCAUCUCCCUAGUAUUCUGUUUUAGUCAGUUGUGUUUUCUUUUUUAUAUUUUUCUCAGAUUCAUCUUUUUGGCAGUAUUGAUCUGAAGAGCAUGCAAGCCGAGAAUUUAAGAAAUUUUGUCAUUCCAACAUCUCGUUCAACAAAUUCCAUCGCACUCAGAUUUUGUGACCCUCAGCCCAUGAUGCCUGGCAUGGAAGCUAGAGGGAUCUCAAAUGACUCUCAGUAUAUGAUUGUGUUCCAUUAUGGUUCAAUAGUUCUGUUCAAUGUGGCGGAUGAUAAAGUCGAAACUCACCUGCAACUUGUUAGAAGAUAUGCGUCUGGCUUGCUUCCUGAAAUGAGAAAAGAUGAUUAUACUGUCAAAGAAAAUCCCCAGAUGGAGAAGGAUAUGGAGGGAGGUAUGGACUGCGUAGUUGUAAAAGAUCUUGACAUUGAUAGCAUUCGAACAAUUAGCAGUGUGCUUGGGCAAAGUAUUGCUCUGGACUAUUUUGUUUCUCAGGUGGAUGGUAUGGUUGAGGAAUUUACACAUAUAAAUCGUGGGAUGGAGAGAACUGGAACUUUUACUCUGGACCGCAAAAAGCUAUUUCAACUUGUUGGGAAGGCUAAUUCGAAUCUAGCAGACGUGAUUCUUAAAGUUGGCCUCUUUGAUAGAUCAGAAAUUGCUUGGAGGGACGCUAAAUAUGCUCAGAUAUAUGAAUAUCUUCGGGAGGAAUACGAGGUCACACAACGUUUUGGAAACCUCAAUUUUAAGCUAAAAUUUGUUGAGCAUAAUAUUCAUUUUCUCCAAGAAGUUCUCCAGAACAGGAGGAGCAAUCUUCUGGAGUGGGUCAUCGUGGUCUUACUGAGUAUAUCUAAUGCAGUAACAGCAUACGAGAUGUUUUUUGAUUCUGGUGCUGCUGCUGUUGUGAUGUGAUCAUAAUUACUCGGAAGUCUGUACCACACGAGGAAGGUUGCAGAUCUUAGGCACAUUAAUACACUCUAACAAAGCAGUAUAUGUUCUGGCUUUUUGGCCAUUUGGAAUUCAGUGCAUUCUUUCUAUGAGAAUCUUAUAGUAACAGAUAUUGAUUAGUUUGGUUAGUUCACCUUUUGCUAAAAUAUACUAGUAGAUUCCUCUUUAUAAUGUAUAGAGCACUCAAAUAAUUUAAUGAAAUGCGUUUUGCAGUUCUGUAUCCUGACUUCUGGAAAAUAUUUUGCUGUGCAGAACAUCAGAAUAAAAUUUUAGGAAUAUAAUUCUAGGGCUCUUACAUUAUAACAUCAGCAUUACUUGUUCGACCAAUGAAAAAGAAACGAAUUGCAUUGCCUUGUGAUAAGGGAGAGAACAACUAACUACCGCAUGUGGAGCACUUAAGAAGUUAAGCUAACUGAUGGCAUUCUAACACCAGUAGUUACCACUUCUAAUUGAAUCAUGAAGAUCAUGAGAAUCAAAGCAUACUAACAUUCUAAACUUCUAACAUCAAAAUUCUUUGAUUCUAAUGGCAACCUGAGGAACAUCAUAAGCAUCCUUCGGCCUUGAUUUCUUGACACCUGCAGUGAACGAUACUUUGUCCGACUUGUGGCCUUCAACCCCUACAGUGGUCACUUUAGCCCAAACCAAGACCUUUGUCUUCAUUCCUUCAAUGCCUGUCAGUUUACCCCUCAUCAGGAUGCCCUUGACCCUGGGGGCAUACCUUAUUGUGGAGGAGUCCUUGAAGCUUACUUCACAAGCGGCAGGUAAGUAGACAGUCAGCUUGGACUUCGAUUCAUCAUAUUCAUAGCUUGUUGCAUUGAUGGGAAAGAGACCAGGAGGCAGGUUGUACUCCUGAAGAAGAACUGGUAAGCUUUUCAGAGGCUUCCCUGGAGCAAAGAGUAAAAAUGGCAACAGUUUGAGCAAGUCGAUGAUUACCCUCAAGAUUGUUAUUAAGUUCAUAGGCCACAUUAUUCAACACUAUAAAACAAAUGGCGAAUGUCAACAUGUUUCAGACAAGUUUGUUAGCAAACCACAUGUAUCAUAAUCAAAAUGCUUGCUUUGAGGUUUGGGAAAAUAUGAGUAGAUUCCAGAUCAUAACACUAAGAACAUACAGAUAGCCGCAGUCAGAAUUGAUUACGUUAAGCGGAGUAGCAAACAUUACCUUUUAGCUUGUUGAAAACCCA